AUGGAAUCUUGUUAAAAUGAAAAACAUAUAGGAAAUCUGCUUUUUGGAUAUUGUUCAAAUAUGAAUUGUAAUAAUAAUUUAAAAACAUUUUGUGAUAAAUGUAGAUGUUAUCAUGAUGAACAUUUAUAGGAUUUACAUUAAUUAGAUUCUUUAGAUAAUAUCAAACUUAAGAAUAUUGAAUAUAAUAAUUAAUUACUUAAUUUUUUUGAAAAUCAAAAACGAUUUUGUUUAGAAAUUUAAACACCUUUAAUGUUAAUAAAUUAGAAUAACAACUUAAAAAUUGAUUAUUAAAAUAAAGAAGUUCUGAUUGAUCAGAUAAAAUAAAUUGUAACAAUAUAAAGUAUUUUAAAUGCUGUUUUACCAAUGUUUCAAAACAUAAAUAAGUCUUGCACUUAAAUAAUAUAAGAAUUUAAUAAAUUACAAUAAUUUAAUUAUAACUUAGAUAUACAAAAACAAGAAAUUAAAGAAAAGAAAAAUAUAUUAAAGAAAUAGAAAAUAGUUAGAAAAUAAGAUUAAAAAUCUAAAUUAUUGAGUGAAAAACAAAAUAUUACAGAAAUAAUAUAAUGGUAAAAUCUUUAAAUUCAUUUUUCAUAAAAAUUUAAAUACAAAUGGAUUAAAAUUUUGAAUAAUGGAUUAAUUGCUUAAAAUGAAGAUGAUCGAGGUAUGGUAAUAUGUGAACCUAUGCUUCCUAAAAAAGGAUAAUAUAGAUUUGCAUUUGGUAUUAAUGAUAAUGCUUAUUUAAUUUGGAUUGGAAUCUGUCAUAAAGAAUAUUUAAUUCAAAACAACUACAAAACAAAUUUUGGUAUUUAAUCUGAUAAUAAAAAUGGGUAAUUAAUUAACUUAAACUUUAGGGUUUAUUUAAUUAAUAAUUAUGGAGUAACUAAUUCACAUCUAAAUCCUGAUUUGAAUGAUCAAACUAAUUCUUUCUUUUUUGAACUUGAUGAUCUAAUAAUUGUAUAUGUAGAUAUGGAUAUUGGAAAUAUUAAAUGGGAAAGCAAAAAAUCUAAUAAUUAAUAUGUAUAUCAUUUAGCAUUAAUUAUUUAGUCAAUGUAAUUUGAUACAUCUUAAGAUGUUUAUCCUUGUGCUGGUAUAACUGCAUUUUCGCCUAUAUUUAUAGUUUAGGAAUUUUGA